GGGGAACAGGCAGGAUCAGAAACAAGCUGGCAGACAAGAUAUAAAUGCUCGGAAUUGCAACAACAGUUAACAAUACUUCGCGGUGAGGUGGUGUGUGUGGAAGUCCUUUAUAGUCCUGGUAAUGAGCUGCAGAUGGGUGUGGUGAUCAGUGUGGUGUGCUAGGCUGUAUGUGGCAACAGGUGAUUGGUGUGGAGUGAACAUGUGACUGACAGGGAGGAUUGUGGGAAGUGUAGUCCGGGAACUGACAGGAGCAGACGGUGAUCGUUACAGUUGUAGGCUUAUAGUACUGUUUCAUAGUUUGCAUUGAUUCAUAUUGUUAAAUCUGUGCAUUACGAUUGCUUUCUUGUAGUAUGGUGGAUUUUUGUCCACAUUUUGUUUAGAUAUAAUAUGAUUACUUGGGAAUGUCAUUGUUGUAUCGCCAGAAGGAAUCAUGCCAUAUAUCCUAGGAUUUUGUGAAACGCUGCCACUGGUAGACUGUCCAUUGAAUUAUGGAUGAAAUAAAACAAAAUAAGAAUUUUCUCAAUAAGACUUAUUCUAAAAAAAAAAAAAGUCAAGUGCAAGUGUGUGUGACAGUCCCGUACAUGAAGAUGAGAGAGAUGAAACACGAGUUAUGCAGUCCAGCAAUAUCAUUAAAGCAGCUGUUUAUUUGUGAAUGUUAAAAUAUAAAUUUGUCUUCAGGUGAUCCUGCAUCAGAACUGGAGAUCUGGACCAGAUGAUGGAGACGAGUGUGCUGUGAUGAAGAAUGAACAAUGGCAUGAUUUGUCAUGUAGAGAAACUUGUCAUUUCAUCUGCAACAAGACUGCAGACAGAAACAUCAGACUCAGGACAGAAACACACGACCUCUAAAAAAUGGAGCAAACUCUAUAUUUCAUUCUUCUUCUCAUUGCUCUCUGCUCCGUAUCUGAAUGUGUUCAGCGUCAGUAUUACUAUAUAAGUGAGGCGAAGAACUGGACUGAAGCUCAGAGAUACUGCAGAGAGAAAUACACAGAUCUGGCCACCGUUGACAACAUGAACGACAUGAACGAGGUGAAGAGUGUGAGUGCUAAAGCUAAUAACUAUGUCUGGAUUGGGCUACAGAGAACGAGUGUUGAUAAAUGGCAGUGGUCUUCAGGUGAACCUGCGCUCUAUCUGAACUGGUCUACUGGACAACCAGAUAACGGACACGAGUGUGCUGUGAUGAAGAAUGGACAAUGGAAUGAUUAUCCAUGUAGUAACAGCCAGACUUUCAUCUGCAACAACAUGAGCACAGGACUCGUUUUUGUCAGUGAGCAGAAGAACUGGAGAGAAGCUCAGAGUUACUGCAGACAGAAUCACAUUGAUCUGGUCAGUGUGAGGAACCAGAAUGAGAAUCAACAGCUUCAGCAGUUCAUCAAUGAUAAUCACAUAUCUGGUGAUGUCUGGAUCGGUCUGUUCAGAGUCUCAUGGCAGUGGUCAGAUCAGAGUGACUCCUCAUUCAGAUACUGGAGGUCUGGUGAACCUGGAAAUGAAGACUGUGUAGCGAUCACUGAUGGCACUCUGAGAGAUUGGAAUGACAGCCCUUGCUACAUGCCAUAUCCUUUUGUGUGUCAUAAAGAUAAACUGAUUCUGAUCAAAGAGAAGCUGACGUGGUCUGAAGCUCUGAGAUACUGCAGACAGAAUCAUGUGGAUCUGGUCUCGGUUCAUUCAGAAGAGAUUCAGCGUGAGGUGAUGAAUGUGGUUAAAUGGCCGUCUACUAAGUUGGUGUGGUUGGGUUUACGUCACUCCUGCACUGUGGGCCUCUGGUUCUGGGUGAGCGGACAGACCGUGUGCUAUCAGAACUGGGCGAUUGAUGAUUCAGAGAACUGUGAUUCUGCAGUGAGAUCUGGAGCAGUUCAGUCUGGAGGAGAUCAGCGCUGGAUCAGCCGUCCUGAGACUGACAGACUCAACUUCAUCUGCAGCAGAAAUUAAGAGUGAAGGAUUCGUUUGUGCUGUUCUUUCACUUUCAUUUUGCCUUGUUCUAUCUUUUUUA